AAACCCCCGACAUUUCGUUUUCUGUGACGAGUCGUACGUCGCGGAUAUCAGUAUAAUAUUAUCGACCUCUCUUGUCGAGCUCUCUACGUUACCAGAGAGGUGCGCAGCAAUAAAUGAGCGAUUGUGCAACGCGGCCGAUGCAGCGGAAAAGCGUGCCCGUAUCGGCGGAUGACGUGUACCAAGGACAGAUAAGAAUGGAUCGACCAAUUUUGUCAUCGCGUCAGCACGUGUUCCGUCAACGUCGGGGGCACUCAGCCAGUCGCUCGCGUCACGUCGCAACGAGAACCACGCGAGAUCCCCCCAGAUGCAACGGCUUCGUCACACGACGCACAACGCACGCAACGGCCGCAGCCUGUCAAAAUUGAACGCAGCGAGCGCGUUCCCGAAGGAACGUCGCGUGACUCUGCGGUGUUCCCACGUCCGUUACCCCUGACACCACGGAAGCCUACGCAUCGACAAUGCGCACCAUAUUCGUAAAAUUCCGCGAGAUCUCGCAGAAAUACCCGAUUGUUCGAGGCAUGGCAUCCUACUCGAUUAUAUGGCCCUCCGCGUGUCUGUUACAACAAAAGAUAAUGGGGAAAGAAGAGUUUAAUUACGCGGAGGCCGUGCGAUUCAGUCUAUUCGGCAGUCUUUACGUAGCACCCACACUGUACUGCUGGCUGAGAUGCGCGUCUUAUUUCUGGCCGAAGGCGAAUUUGAAGUCUGCAAUCACUAAGGCUUUGAUUGAACAAGUUACGUACGGCCCCGCAGCUAUGUGUUCCUUCUUCUUUGGCAUGAGCCUUCUUGAAUUAAAGCCAGUUUCGGAAUGCGUUGACGAGGUCAAAAUUAAGUUUUGGCCGACAUACAAGAUUGCCAUUUGCGUAUGGCCAAUUCUACAAACUAUCAAUUUUAUCCUAAUCCCGGAGCGAAAUCGUGUUGUGUACGUCAGCGUAUGCAGUUUAGUCUGGACAUGUUUCCUUGCAUAUAUGAAAUCUAUCGAAGGGAAGCGGAAGCAGGAGCUGGCAGAUAAUGUUAAUUCCAAGAUGAUAACGGAUAAAGCGCAAACCAACGAGAGAGCCGGUCAUAUGCAGAUUCCUCUACUACGAUGAAAGUUUUAGGAAAUUGACAUACUGUUAGAUUAAUUUAUUUGUACAUAGGUCUUGCAAUUGGAACUAUAUUUAUAUUUUAUACAAUAUGUGACACGGGAUUUACUUAUGAUUAUCUGUGAUAUUCACAGUACAAAAGUAUUACUUUUAUUUCUGCAGGAAUUUGUUAUGACAUGAUUAAUAUAUUAAUAAUAUUAAAAA